UGUCAGCCGUUGACACACACGUUGGGAAACAUAUCUUCGACGAAUGCAUCAAAGCAUUUUUGUCCGAUAAAAUCUGCGUUCUCGUCACGCAUCAAUUGCAGUACUUGAAGAAUGUUCAACAUGUUGUUCUGUUGAACAAAGGCAAAGUGGAGGCACAAGGUCCCUUCCGAACAUUGCAGAGAUACAAGAAAGAGUCGCUAAUGCACGCUCAGGAAGAAGAAGACCAAAAUCCCAUCGACAACUCUCAGGAUCGAAUCCGCAAGCAUAUCACGUCAUCAUUCUGUAGCGAGGAUGUCGAAGACGAACCAGACAAGCGCAAGGAACUCCAAGCGACUGGCAACAUUAAAUUCAGUAUUUACAAAACAUAUUUCAAGGCCGCCCACAGUCGCUUCUUUGUUGUUUUCGUUUUUUUUAUAUUCACUGUGGCGCAGUUUACGUUGAGUGGUACCGAUUACUUCUUGGCCGAAUGGAUUGAUUGGGAGGAGAAAGUAGCUAAAACUGUAAUCGAAAUGCCAAAUAAUUCGACUGAAGUGCCUGUAGAAAGUCGAUCAAAUGAAUCUACGGAGCCGGUGGAAGGGAAACGCGAACAGCUCCUUAUUAUUUACACUAUUAUCAUUUUGCUGGGCACAAUUUGUGUUUCAUGCCGUUCAUUCUCUUCCUACCGACUGUGCCUGCGCAUAUCGGUCAAUUUACACGAUAUGAUUUUCCGAGGCAUCUCUCGGGCCAAGAUGAUUUUCUUCAACAAUAAUCCCAGUGGACGAAUCCUGAAUCGAUUCGCAAAAGAUAUCGGCAACGUUGACUCAUUGCUGCCAAGCACACUGAUUGACGUUGUAAAUUGUUUUCUGCAAGUUGUGGCAAUUAUUGUAAUCAAUGGGAUAGUAAAUCCAUGGUUGAUGUUCCCAGCUGUUGUAAUGACGGUGCUCUUCUAUUUGAUUCGAAGUGUUUAUAUGGAUACCGGGCGCAGUAUCAAGCGGAUUGAAGCCAUGAGCCGCAGUCCAAUUUACUCCCAUGUAAAUGCCACACUCCAAGGUUUGUCCACAGUACGUGCUUUCAACGCAGAAAAUUUUCUGGAAAAAGAAUUCCAUGACUUCCAAGAUUUCAACACAUCAUGUUGGUAUCUGUUCACUAGUGCGGGGCGAUGGUUCGCUUUUUGGCUAGAUGUGGUGUGCCUUGUAUAUGUUGCCAUCGUGACUUACAGCUUCUUGAUUUUCGACAAUGCUGAGGACAGUGGCAAAGUGGGUUUGGCGAUAAUGAGCAGUGUUAAUUUGAUCGGAACGUGUCAAGUGCUAUUGCGUCAAAUCGCUGAGCUGGAAAAUCAAAUGACUUCCGUCGAACGAGUCAUUGAAUAUGCCGAAUUGCCUUCGGAACCGCCACUCGACUCAGACGAGAAGAAUGCACCACCAAAAGAUUGGCCUCACUACGGAAACAUCGAAUUCAAGUCGCUGAGCUUGCGAUAUGCAGAGAAGAAUGCUCGAACUUUGCUGAAUUUAAACUUCCGAAUCAACGCUAAGGAAAAAGUCGGUGUAGUUGGUCGAACGGGUGCUGGCAAAAGUUCAAUUAUCCAGUCUCUGUUCCGUUUGGCACAAAACGAAGGUCAGAUUUUGAUCGAUGGCAUUGAUGUCGGUGUGAUUGGACUGCACGAUUUGCGAAAAAAAAUUUCGAUCAUUCCGCAAGAAGCGGUUCUGUUCUCUGGAAGUCUCCGGUUCAAUUUGGAUCCAGUCGCUGAGCGAAGCGACGACGAACUUUGGAAUUCGCUCGAGCAAGUCGAGCUGAAGUCAGUAAUAUCGGCAUUGCCUGGUGGCAUCGAUUGCAAAGUACUGGACGGUGGAUCGAAUUUCAGCGCUGGUCAACGUCAACUGCUGUGUUUGGCUCGAGCCAUUCUUCGAAACAACAGAAUAUUGAUUCUCGACGAGGCGACGGCCAACGUUGAUUCCGAAACGGAUCGAUUGAUCCAGGACACGAUACGGAAUAAGUUCGGUGACUGUACCGUUAUAACGAUAGCACAUCGACUGCACACGGUUAUGGACAGCGACAAGGUACUGGUAAUGGAUGCGGGCGAAAUCAUGGAGUUUGACCAUCCGUUCGAGCUGAUCCAAAAACCAGACGGGAUCUUCAAACGACUACUCGAUCAAACUGGCAGUUCCAUGGUGACAGCGCUCACACUUGUUGCCAAGGAGAGCUACGAUCGAUGUAAUGCUAAACAGCGGACGAUUCAAGAGGAGGGCAGUGAUGACUUAAAACACCGUUGAAUACAAACCACAGAUCGAAUUGCUUUCUUGUUUGAGUCUAUCUGAAGAACGAAUUUGAAAUUGGUUCAGACAGAGACAGUAUAGAAAGAAAUUUUCAAUAAUAAAGACUUCAUUCCAUUUCCGUUUGUUCAAUUCCUAAAUCAGAAAUCUGCAUAAAACUGUUUU